UAGCCCCGCUCACCGACGACGCUACACCAAGACCAACAAGUCCCCCAAGUGGACCGAUGACACGGGCUCGAGUCAAAGCGCUACAUGAUAAGAUAUGAACCUCGAGAGAAGGACAUCACAGCAGACCCGAAGAUGGACAAGGAAGAAGGAGAAGAAGAGUCCCAGCUGAAGGACGCCCCUCAGGGCCGGCACUGCCGGCCUCCAGGCACCGGCACUGCCGGCCUGCUCACACCGGCACUGCCGGCCUCAAGCCCCCGGCACUGCCGGCCUACUCACCCCGGCACUACCGGCCUCCAGACCCCGGCACUGCCGGGCCCUCCAGCUGAAGACUCGACGAGAGCCAAGACCGGAACUGCCGGCCUGGACCCAGCGGCACUGCCGGCCCCACCGGCACUGCCGGCCCAUCCUCACCGGCACUGCCGGCUCCACCCCUGUUGACUUCAUCUCAACCGUCGAUUUCGCAUCCAUGGACCAGGAUAAUUUAUGUAAUUCCGACUUUACCCCUGUACGAAUCUGGGUCUAUAAAUACCUCACCCCUUCCUCCAGAUUAGGGUUAGAGAUGAACUAAGAAGAAACUUGAGCUUUGCUCUUACCCAUAUGGGAAACCCUAGAUCUAUGAUCUUGUAUCCACCCGGGCUCCUUAUCGACGCGUGAUGAUCUCUUUGGUGACUUCUACCGUUUGUUGAUCUUUUGCUUGCACUUCUACCUUUUGGUCUUUUGCUUGCACUUCUAUCAACCUUCCGGUCUUUUCACCCUUCUAGAUCUCGCGUGUUUCGAUUUGUCGAUCUCUUUGCGGGACUUCUACCGGAAGGUCUUUUCUCGCAACCUCUAUCGAGUAGGUGUAUCGGGCCUACGAGGAAAAACCGGUUUGUGUGCG